AAGCAGUUUACAAUAAAAUUAACAAGCUUUAACAAUUUUCACAGCUCUCAGGAUGAGCAUGCUCAUGCCCAGUUUCUGCAGGCUCAUCCUUGAUGUGGGAAAUUUUCUCAACUAUGGAAGUCACACUGGGAACGCAGAGGGGUUCAAGAUCAGCUCUCUGCUCAAGCUUACAGAAACCAAGGCCAACAAGAGCCGCAUUACACUGCUUCAUCACAUCCUUGAGGAAGCAGAGGCGAACCACCCGGAGCUGUUGGCACUACCAGAUGAUAUAGAGAUCUGUGAAAAAGCAGCAGGAGUAAGUCUGGACUGUGUUCAGUCAGAAGCCAAUGCCUUACUAAAACGGCUGAAUGAGUCAGCCAAGAAAGUCUCCAACUCUGUGGAGGAGGUGAAGGAGCAAUAUGAAAAAGUGCUUGACGAAAAUCUGGAAGCAUGUCGAGCUUUGAACGAACGGUUCGCUGACAUUGACAAAAAGAGGAGUGAACUGGCAGUCUACUUAUGUGAAGAUGCUAAUAAGCUUUCGCUUGAGGAACUCUUCGGAACCAUCAGGACUUUCCGAGGACUCUUUAUCAAGGCAAAAAAGGAAAAUAAAACCAGAAAAGAGCAGGCAGCCAAGGCUGAGAAGAGAAAGAAGCAGCUGGCAGAGGAAGAGUCCAAGAGACAGAAGGGAGAGAAUGGAAAAAUAAUCAAGAAAGGCUUUGUGCCACAGAGCGAAGGCUGCAUUAUCGACCACCUCCUUGCAGAUAUCAGGAAAGGUUUCAGCCUAAGAAAGACCAGGCCCAGGUGCGAUUCGGAAAACCUCCCUUCAGGUGAAAUGCAUAGGGAUACCGGCCCACCUGGAUCAAGUGUGAAGCCUGUAGGCGAAGAUGCCGUAGAAUCAGCCACCAUGUCCGCUCCCACCAAAUCUCAGGCCGAGGGUCACCAGCCCAGCACAGGCAAGGUGAACGGCCUCAUCAGUCCACCAGAAGAGACUCCGUCAGCACCUCAGACAGUGGUGCAAGGCGGACCCCAAACGCCUCCAAAUGCACCCCCAGGAGAACCAGCCGCAAUGACACUGCCACCCCUGGAAAGACUUGCAUCACUGCAGGAGGAGAAACGGCCAAAGAACCCUGCAUCGUCCCCAGAUAUGAUGCAACCUAACCCUCAGGCAGAAGGAGAAUAUCAACCAUGUCUCCCCACAAAUGGCUUUUCAGUAGAUUCAACUGAGACCAGCACCCUCAGCCCAUCCUCCCUCACAGAUUCUGACCUACUAGAGGCUGUGUUGGAUGGCACUUCCAGCCUAGUACCUGAGAAGUUGAUUCCUGAGGAGCCAGUGGACAUUAAUGUAAAUGUUCAGCUCACAGAAAGCCCUGCUCCUGAUAUACACAAUGUUACAGAGAGUAGUAAAAGCAAUAUAAUGGGAGGUGGGAAAGUUGAAACUACUAAUAAAAUAAGCCAUUCAAAAGACACUGUUGGUCUAGACGUGCAAGAAUGCAUUAGUCCAAGAACGGCUGACCAAGAUGAGGUUGUGAGUUACAAACAUUCUGACCCUAAAAGCAAUAAGAAAACACUCAGUAAGGAAAUCCAGGCAUUUGACGUCCCAGAUGGACUGGAGUCACGUGAUCAGACAUCAGUCUCUGAGGCAGAGCCUUCAUCCCCUAAGCCCGAACCAAAGAAACAGCAGAGCCUCUUUAAACGAAACAAAAGGAAGAGUAACCAAGGUAACAGUGGAAAAGGACACACUAAACAUAAAAAAGGCUGUGUGUUGCAGUGAGGUAGGUCAAUCGAUGGGAUGGCAAACUGUAAGCAGGAGUGUCAUCCUACUGAACUCAAUCACCAUCAAAGCUUUGUUCCAAAUAACUUUUCAUUUGUUGGUCUAACUGGAAUCUGGGUUUCAUUUGUCUGUGUUGUCCAGCUUUUAACAUGCGCUAUAUCUAACAAUUUUCCAAACCAAUGGUGUCAGGCUAAAACCUUAACAUUCGACCCGGUGCAUAUUUGUCUUGAGGUGAUUCUAAUGUCUAUUAAACGAUUAAUUCGCUUUAAUUUAAUUGAUGUUUAAGAAAUCUAACACUACACUGAUCUUAAGCAGCCCUGCAGUAUCUGAAGCUAUCGUGACGUCAUCGUGGACUGAGUUAUUUCAUGAAAGCUGUCACUUUUGUGUCUCUCUCUCCAUAUUUUCUUGUCCAUUCCCCAAAUCUGCAACUGGGACUGUUUUUUUUGUUUGUUUUUUAAAAAAUCUAACAGUCUUGUGUGCUUCCUGUAAACUGUGCUAUGUUAAUCGGACUUGGAUGAAAGAUACUGUACAUGAUGUAAAUGCAUGAAUGUUUCACUACUAAAAAAACAUUUUAAAGCAGAUGUAACCCUAUUUGAAAGCCAAAACAAUCUCAGUGCUUAACAAGUAUGUAAGUAAAUUAUUCUACCAAGUGCAUUAGAGCCUUUUUAAAAAUGCUACUGUAGAUAUAAUUAUUUUAAAGGGUAUUAAAAUAUUUCAUUUAAAUAUAUUAUUCUGUUCAUUCAUUUUAAUCUUUGUUUCCCUAGGUGACUCCAGAAAAAGGAAAUCAAGAAGAAAAAGAAAAUGUUAAUUUCACAGAUCAGAACUGGAAGUAUAUUGUAUUUUGUGAGACCACAUGAACAUUGAUUUCUUCAGGAAAAUGCAGGAGUAUUCCUUUUGCAAUGAUUUGUUAAUCUAAACCAAAAAGAGUAAACACAUCUAAGGCUGGAUGGGAUCUUCACGCAUGGAUGUAAACAUGUCACUUUAUGUAAAUGAAUUGUAGUUUGUGUAACGGCCUAUAUGAGUGGUUUUGUUUCCGAACUCUUAAAAAAAAGUUGAAUGGGCCUUUGUAUAAUUGUUGUAAUAUGCAGUGAAUCUGUUUUGCUAUAUUUAUCUUGCAGCCCCUAUAGAAAAGAGAUGCAGUGUUGGCAAAAAAUAUACUUUAAUUUCACUUAUCAAAAGAAAACUGCUUGGAUCGUACGUCCUAAUUUCUUUAUGUAUUGUUCAAAUGAUCUUUAACAAGACAUAUAAUGAGUGUA